AUGGCGUCAAACAAGGCUACUUCUGACGUCGCUGAUGGACCAGUCCUCACUCAUAUCAACAAGCGUAUCCGUAACCUAAGAAAAAAACUCAAACGAAUCGCGCAUCUCGAAGACUCCAUCGCUCAAGGAAAAUCCAUUAUCAAGAACAAGGAUCAGGAAAAACUCCUCAAAUCAAAGCCAAUGAUCAUCGCCGUGGUUGACGAACUAGAAAAGUCCCGUCAGCCUCUAUCCGUGGCUGUCGAUGAAGAAAUCACUCUCGCGCUCCAACGUCAUCACAAUGAUAACGUUGAAAACUGUAACAAAUCACAAACCCUAGAUGGAGAUGAAGAGCAACAAGCGGCUUUACCUGUUGAUGAUCUGCUGAGUUUGAUUUACUUCGGAAGUAUGUUUGAUGCGAAACAAGUUGACGUGGAUUCGAGGUCGGAGGAAAGAGGCUGGUGUUUGUUACAUGAUUAUAUUCUACGUUCUGAACUUUGUUGCGGUCUCGAACUGGAAGAACGGCAUUUGGAAGCGAUCGCAAGGCUGAGCUCUCUAAUGAUUUCCAGACCCGUGGAUUCUAGUCUUACUUCCCAUCAAGAUGCGUUGCAGAGAUGCAUUGAGCACGCCAAUAAUUGGAUUUGCAAGUCUGAGAAGAAGAUUGAUCCGAAUAGCGAGUUUACUUAUGCUGAUGUGAGAGAGAUGGUGACAAAGAUUAUGGGUUUAGGUUACUUCAAAAAUACUCCAUUUCCUGGAACUUCUAAAUAUCAACUAGUGCCGGAUCAUUUGAUGUAUUAUUCAGGACAUCGAGAAAAGAAAGAAAAUACAAUCGGGUAUUAUAAUUUUGAUUUCGAGGAUGAUGGUUAUUCUUCGUGGGACUGUCUAUCAGGGCUUGGCAGUGACUGA